AUUUGAAUCUUAAUGCUGUUGAUACAUUGGUUAUGACUUAUUACUAAAACUAAAAACACUGUCGAGAUGUUGUUGUUCCUUUCCUUGUGCGGUUAGUGAAAUUUUUCUCUGGUCUUAGGGUCUUCUCUCAGUCACCAUCCUCUCUUUCUCUCUCUUCUACUCUCUACUCUCUAAUCUUUAUCCAUUCUCUCUCUUCUCUCUAAUCUCUAUGCCAACGAAGCAAUAGCUAUGAAAAGCUAAACCCUUUCUUCUUCUUCUUCUUCUUCUGCUGUCUUUGUAGUUCGAUUGGCUAGAUUACUUGGGUCAGACCCAAGUUUGCUUCUUUCUAUGAUUCAUCAAGUCCAGAUCUUGCUUUCCGGGUCCAGAAACGAUUCAAGCGCUUCGUUCAUGAUAUAAAGUUACUACCUUUAUUUGCUUCUGGGUCAUGGUGUUGUCUGCUUUUCGACUUUUGCUUUUGUCUGGAUGAUUCAUAAUCUCUGAGAUCUAGUAAUAAGAGAUUAUGUUCACAAGAGUUGUACUUAUGCGUGUGAUGGAGAGCUAAAGAAUCCGAUCUGAGCUCUACUCGUUCGAGGAAGUUGACUAAAUAGAUCGAAGAUGUUUAAGCAGAUACUUGGGAAGCUUCCAAAGAAACCUUCUGCUAAGUUUUGGGAUAAUGGUGAAUCCCAAACUGCAGAUAACAACAGUCAAGGAGGUGAUGAAGUUUUGAGUCAGAGAUCAAAUGGAGAUAGCACGGAUUGUGUUUCUUUUGAUGUAUUGCCAAGGUUGAGAGAUGUUUCCAUCUCUGAGAAGCAGGAACUGUUUCUUAAGAAGCUUAGACUAUGUUGUGUAGUGUUUGAUUUCGUGGUUGAGCCUCAACAGAACAUCAAGGAGAAAGAGAUCAAAAGGCAAACACUUCUUGAAGUUGUGGAUUAUGUUAUCUCUUCAGGUAAUGGGAAGUUUACUGAAUUAGUUAUUCAAGAAUCUACGAAGAUGAUUUCGGCGAAUCUCUUUAGUAAUUCUCAUCGACAAUGGAAGAGCAAAACACCUGAAGCAUUGGAUUUGGAAGAAGAAGAAGGAUCUCUGAAUCCUUCUUGGCCUCACUUGCAGAUUGUUUAUGAGUUCCUUCUAAGAAUCGUCGCAUCUCCCAACACAGACCCUAAGAUAUCCAAGAAAUACAUCGAUCAUACAUUCGUUCUGAAGCUAUUGGAUUUGUUUGAUUCUGAAGAUCCGAGGGAAAGAGAGUAUCUGAAAACGAUACUUCACAGGAUCUACGGGAGGUUUAUGGUUCAUCGCCCGUUCAUCAGGAAAACUAUGAACAACAUCUUGUAUGAUUUUAUAUUCGAGACUGGGAAACACUCAGGAAUCGCCGAGUUUCUUGAAGUUCUAGGAUCCAUCAUAAAUGGAUUCGCUUUACCACUCAAGGAAGAACACAAGCUCUUCCUUACUCGUGUCUUAAUUCCUCUACACAAACUGAAAUGCUUACCAAAUUACCAUCAGCAGCUUUCUUACUGCGUUAUACAGUUUGUUGAGAAAGAUUGUAAGCUGGCGGAUACAGUUAUUAGAGGGAUGUUGAAGUACUGGCCUGUUACUAAUAGCUCUAAAGAAAUUAUGUUCUUGAAUGAAUUGGAGGAGAUAUUAGAAGCAACUCAAUUAACAGAGUUUGAACGGUGUAUGAUUCCGCUCUCUCGCCAAAUUGCUCAGUGCUUAAGCAGUUCUCACUUUCAGGUAGCGGAACGGGCUUUAUACUUAUGGAACAACGAUCAUGUCACUAAUUUGGUGAGACAGAACAGCAGAAUCAUUUUACCAAUAGUGUUUCCCGCUUUGGAGAAAAACGGUAGCAGCCAUUGGAAUCAGGCUGUGAAGAACUUGACCGAGAAUGUUCUCAAGGUUUUGUCCGAUACAAACCCAGACUUAUUCGAAGAAUGUUUGCACCAGUUCCAAGAAGAUCAGCAAAAAGCUGAAGAUACUAAAAAGAAGAAUGGAGAAACCUGGAGACAGCUAGAGGAGAUUGUUGCCUCAAAAGGACACACAUCAAUGGCGAAGUAAGAGUUUUUCUACACCUUACCCGAUGCAACAACAAUCGGUUUAUUGUUUUGUUUUGUUUUCUUUUCUUUUCUUUACGCCUGAAAGGUAUAUACAUUUACAUUGCUUUGCUUGCUUCAAGUCGCUGGUUUCAUCUUCAAGACUAGUUUAAUUCAGUUAAACAGUGUGGGAUUUUAGCCAAAUGUUGUUGUCCUCUUUCAGUUCUUGAUUUGUCUGUAUACUUCGUUCAUGUAAACAUCUUGUUAUGAAAACAAAAAAUUUCUA